AUGUAUUUGAAAGGUACGUUUGGUAUACAUACAAUCUUCUUCUUACUGUUACUUACCGUACAUUAUUCAUGGACAUCAAAUUACUAUUGUGGUCCGAAUAACAAUGCAUUUUAUCGACUUCUAUCUCAACUCUUCACUAUGCCGUGCGAACAGUAUCAGAUAAAUUUUUGUUGCUUGAUGCAUGAUCAAUGCUAUGACAAUUGUAAUGUCACACAAUUGGCUUGUGAUACUUUCUUUUGCAAUUGCCUAAAUGAUAUUCAAACUAAUUUUUAUUGUAGGACAAUAAUACAUUCAAUACAUUGUAAUUUCUCGCAAUGGUUUGGCAAAUCCUACAAAUGCAGUUUUACAGAAUGAAAAAUACUCUUGAAGGUAAA